GCAUUUCUGUUUUUUCUAGCCUUUAUAGAAUAGAUUAGGAUGGGGAUCACCAUCUCCUUUUUUACUUUUUAGAACAUUCGUUCUGUAUAUAAAGGAUGUACAUGAGCUUGAGCAAUAUAGAGAAAAAUCUUCCAAAAACACUCUUUUCUUCUGUUUAUCGAAAUGGUAUCAGAAGCCUGAAGUUUUUUUCUCACCUUCUCUGUUUUUCCUGAGCCAUGGACGAUCAAACUCCAACCCAGCUUUCUUCGACCUCUACCCAACCUCCAUCUUCUUCUUCGGAGCCCUCUUCUUUCCAAAACCCAGAUCCUUACUCUAACCCUCUUUUUCUCCACCCAGCCGAUUCUUCGAGCCUCACUCUUGUCUCAGAAAAACUUGUUGGUGAACCAAAUUAUAAUCUCUGGUCCAGAUCUGUGAUCAAGGCUCUCACCACAAAGAACAAAUUAGGGUUUAUCUAUGGUGAGAUCCCGCAGCCUUCUACCGACCACCCUGAUUUCGGUUCCUGGUCCCGUUGUAAUGCUCUAGUGGCUACCUGGUUGGCCAACUCUGUUUCCUCUGACAUCGGAAGCCAGAUCUUAUACCUCGAUGAUGCUCAUGCGAUUUGGCAAACAUUGGAAACAAGGUUCAAGCAGAGCAAUGUUUCUAAAAUUUUCAGCGUUGAACAACGCAUCGACAAUCUGAGGCAGGGUUCUCUGGAUCUCAACUCGUUUUUUACGAAGCUUAAUGCCCUUUGGGAGGAGCUCAACAACUAUGAACCUUAUCCAGUCUGUUCCUGUGGUGGUUGCUCCUGUCAAGCCAACAUGAAGCUUCUUGACAUCCUUGCCCGUCGUAAUGUGGUAAAAUUUCUCAUGAAGCUUAAUGAUUCGUUCACACAGGCUCGCCGACACAUCCUCAUGAUUGAUCCCUUACCAAGCCUGGCCAAGGUAUAUAAUCUUAUUUCUCAAGAAGAGCAUCACAGAUCUUCUAUUUUGAGUCCCUCUGAUUCAGUUGUCUUUCAAGCUAGUUCUUCUUUUCCUCGCCCGAAACACUCUUUCUCUCUCAACCCUACCUCUAAACCUCGCCCACAGUGCACUCACUGUGGCCUCCUGGGUCAUACUAUCAGCCGUUGCUACAAGCUUCAUGGAUACCCUUCUUCUACUCGUAACCACCCCUCUCCUUCCACCAAACCACCCCUAUUACCAACCCCUAAACACUUUUCCCCGUCUCGCCCUUUUGCUUCUGUGAACUUGGUUACUAGGGAUAUUCCAUCUCAUGGCUCUGAACAACCUGCUAUUACUUCGGCAUCUGACCCCUUGGCUCAGGCUCAAGUGUUGUUCGAUCAGUUUCAGUCACGUCUCAAGACUCUUGGCAUCUCCUCCACAGAUUCAGCCUUGACAGCCCCCACACCCACUGCUCCAUCUGCUCCCACCUCAGGUAUCUUUCCUUCCUUGCCUGUCAUUUUUUCAGCCCUUGAACCCUAUUUUUCUUUCCCUCCUUCUGUUUGGAUACUCGACACAGGUGCCUCGAGCCAUAUCUGCUGUGAUUCUCGUUUAUUUUCGGAUCUUCAUUGUAUCUCUCCUAUAACCAUAACUCUCCCUAAUGGUGAUGCUAUGUCAGUCUCUUUUUCUGGUUCUGUUAUUCUGUCUGAGUUCAUCACUCUCACCUCUGUUUUAUAUGUGCCCUGUUUUCGUUUCAAUCUUUUAAGAGUCAGUGCACUUACUCAAAAUACAUCCCUCACAGUCUGUUUUUCUCAUGACUCUUACCUGAUCCAGGACCCUACUCGGGGCUUGACGAUUGGGAAGGGUAGUCGGUCCAACAAUCUCUACAUCAUGGCGAUGCAGGGUGCUUCUACUGCAUCUUAUGUUCCGGCGUCUCUUUGUACAGCUGUGUCAGUCUCUUCAGACGAUCUUUGGCAUCUUCGUUUAGGACACCCAUCUACAUACCGUAUUCAGGGCUCUGCGGCAUCUUCUCAGCCCAAAUUUUCCGUUUCCCCUGGUUUUUAUCAUGGCUGUAACAUUUGCCCCCUUGCUAAACAGCCUCGCCUUUCUUUUCCUUUUGGUGGUCAUCGAUGUUCUGCAAGUUUUGAUGUAAUUCAUCUUGAUGUUUGGGGACCGUUUCAUGUAGAAACAUAUGAUGGCUAUAAAUAUUUCUUCACUUUGGUUGAUGAUUUCUCUCGUCUUACAUGGGUGUAUUUGUUGCAUUCUAAAUCUGAUGUUCUUUCCAAAUUUUCUGAGUUCUUGGCCUAUGUUCAGACUCAAUUCCAAACCACUGUCAAACAAAUUCGUUCGGAUAAUGCUCCCGAACUUGCUUUUACCAAACUCCUCCAGGCCAAAGGCAUCCAUCACCAAUUCUCUUGCCCAUAUACCCCACAACAAAAUUCCGUGGUUGAACGGAAGCACCGUCACAUUUUAAACGUUGCCCGGCUUUAUUAUUUCAGUCCAACAUACCUAUUAUUUAUUGGGGAGAAUGUAUCAAAACUGCUGUCUACCUUAUAAAUCGGACCCCUUCUCAGAUUCUCGGAAACAAAACUCCCUUUGAGCUAAUGGUCAAUUAGACAUAAUAUCAAACGAUUGAUCAGCAGAAACCAUGCUCAGU